UUGUUUGACCCAGAACGCGUGUUUAAAAAAUUUCCGUAGAAAAAAUUCCGUAACCGCCUUUGUUUGUUGCUGGAUGGGCUUAGGGCAAUCAAAUUGAAUUCACUUAAUUUGAGUUCAAUUGGUAAGCGGUCAAAUUGGACGGAGGCACGCACGGUGAUCCCAACAGGUAACCCCUAUAAAAGAAGGGGUUGCUGAUGCGACUGGCAGCAUACGAUCGUUGCGAAAUGGGAGCUUCCGGUUUCCGUCUGGCAUUGUGGCACUGCUCCUUGGUGGUUGCACUGCUGUGCAUCACCAGCUUCCGAGUGAAUGGACUACCUCAUCCACCGGCCACCUCAGCAGCACCCAUGAUGGAGAGGAUGGUGGAAAGGGCCUACGACGACAAGUUCGACAAUGUGGACCUGGACGAAAUCCUCAGCCAGGAGCGCCUGUUGAUCAACUACAUCAAGUGCCUGGAGGGCACGGGUCCUUGCACUCCCGACGCCAAGAUGCUGAAGGAAAUCCUGCCCGAUGCAAUCCAAACCGAGUGCACCAAGUGCACGGAGAAGCAGCGCUAUGGUGCUGAAAAGGUGACCCGCCACCUCAUCGACAACCGACCCACUGACUGGGAGCGCCUGGAGAAGAUCUACGAUCCCGAGGGGCUGUACCGCAUGAAGUACGAGGAGAUGAAGGCCAAGGCCAAUGAGGAGCCUUAACUUAACUCCUAUGUGGGUGUUCACCUUAGUGUUUAUUUAGCUGAACUAUAGUUUAUAUAUAUAUUUGGUAUGCCAAAUAAAAUGCAGAGAAGCUUCAA